UCUCAGGAAUUCAAGAGGAAAAGCUAGCAGAUUGGCAAUGACUAAGUCUUACCUUUCACUCACUGCCAACCUACUGCGUGUGUGUAUAUAUAUUUUGCAAGGGCCAACCUCUAGCUAACUUCAGAACAAGAGUAAGCCACUGGCGUACACACUACACAGUGUCUCCCCUCUACCUACCAGUCCAGACCACAACCAAACAUCCAGUGCACGCGGAUCGGAAGACAUAGUUCCAGAUGGAGGCAGCCAUAUCAGCAAUCGCAAGUGAAAUAUUUAGCCGAAUACUCUCCUUGCUGAGCAAGAAGUACAGGGACCAUACUGCCAUGGAUGAGAAGCUGAAACGAUUGCAGCAACUCCUAUUGAGGAUCCAUGCUGUUGUCGAUGAGGCAGAUGGAAGAUAUAUUACUAAUCCUACUAUGCUAAUUCAACUCAAGUUGCUUGUGGAGAGCAUGUAUCGAGGGUACCAUAUGGUAGACAUCUUCAAGUACAAAUCUCUUUGGGAGAAAAUCAGACAUGAAGAGGGUGUACUGCAAAAUUUGGAGGCCGCUAUUGCUAACAUGACUGAGUUUGUUGUGCUCUUGGGAGGAUGUGAUCCUUGUCGCAGGCCCUACGACACUUACCUCUACACCGACAACUUCAUGUUUGGUCGCCAUGUUGAGAAGCAGCACAUCAUCAACAUCUUAUUGCAAGAUCGUGGACGACAUGGUGCUCCUAUGGUGCUUCCAGUCAUUGGUGGUUGCAGGGUUGGUAAGAAAACUUUGGUUAGCCAUGUGUGCAAGAAUGAUCGUAUCCAAUCCCACUUCUCUUUGAUACUAUUCAUUAAUGGAGAUAGCAUAUGGAGAAUAAUGGAUCAUGAGAAGUUCCGUAACGGGAGGACUUUAGUUGUUAUUGAAUUUUUUACAGAUGUGGAUGAUGAUGAUUGGGUAAAGUUCUAUUCAAAUGUAACACGUUUGGCAGCUGAAGGUAGCAAAGUGAUAAUCAUAAGUAGAAUUCAAAAUCUUGCAAGGUUUGGAACCGUAAAGGCAGUUUUCCUAAAUAGUUUGUCCCGUGAGGAGUACAGUUACCUCUUCAAAAUGUUAGCUUUUGGAAGCAUAGAUGAAAACAAUCAUCCCCGCUUAGCAUCAAUAGCAAAUGAGCUAGCAGUAGUACUGGGAGGGUCACUCAUAACUGCGAAUGUCAUUGCUGAUUUGCUGCGAAGGAAAUAUGAUGCUCAGUUCUGGCUUCGCAUACUGCAGCGGUUCAAGGUGAUGGUGGAUAAUAACUUAUUAAUGUACGGCGAACAUCCGAAAGAUAUCCUCGAGAAUGAGCGCCCAAUAGACAUCACCUCAUUUAUCUCUUCGUAUCACUCUGCUCUUCGUCUGAUGCCCCCUCGAAUUGAAAAGGAUGAAUCCUCAGAAAGGAAGUUAGCUCAUAUCGCCUUUGGAGACCUGAUAACUGGAUGUAUUGCUGUACCCAAUGAUCGGUUUGUCUUAGUUACGUGGGAGUCACGGAUACCUCCAUAUACAAAGCUUGUUGCUGACGUUGAAUGUGCAGAGGAGACGCAUGAAUGUUCUACCUCCACGAGGAAGCGUCGAUCCAGCGUUCGAUUUCCACAAGGGAACUAACUUCUUCAUUGCUUCUACCUGUCGCUUAUGGAUUUAUGUACGUUUGUUUUUCUUGGAGAAGCACAUGAACACUAGUUGAAAUUCUAAUGUUUGUAAUCAAACAUUUCUAUAUCCAGUGCUUUCCAAAUGCUAUGUAUGUAUUGCUGAUGUGUGAACAAGUAGUAAUUUUGCUUCAAAUUAA